AUGGAGGGCAGUCUUAACUCUUCGUCAGACAACGACAGCCCUCAAGACGAAGGCCUCAGAUUCACCCCAACCCAGGAUUGGUUUUCUUUCAACAUUAAUACUUGGAGACUGCUCUUUCCCAGGGUGACGUCUCCAACGCCGCGUGUGUUGGAGAUUGGAUCCUGGGAGGGUCGUUCCGCCGUUUUUCUCCUGACAGAGCUUUGUGCCAAAGGCGGAGACAUCGUCUGUGUGGACCAUUUCGACCUCAUGCGAACCAGUGCGGGACGGGAGCGGUAUGCGAAGAUCACGCAUAACCUCACCCUCACGAGAAAGCCGUUCCGCAUCCUUGACCAGUUCAGCUUCCCGGCGCUGAUGACUCUCUUGGAGGAAGAGAUGUCAGCUGCCGAUCCUGGCUUUGACUGGAUCUACAUAGAUGGCUCGCAUGAGGCCGACGACACCUUCUUGGACGGAGAGCUAGCAUGGCGCUUGGCCAAGAAGGGUGCUAUCGUCAUUUUCGACGACUAUCGCUGGGACAAGGAGCCGGACGAUAGCAUCCACCACCCGAAACGCGGCAUUGACGCGUUUAUGACCCUCCACACUGGGGAGUACGAGGUAUUGUCGAGCUCCACGCAGUACCAGGUUGUAAUCCAGAAAUCAUCCGAUAUGCGCAUCGGGUACCUUGUCACGGAGAGAGUUGAACAAAGGUUGGACGACGCACUGGGAUACGGCAUCCAUCUUGCGUUGACCGUUGACUCUGCAUACGCCGCAGCGACUGCCGUCGCAAUCCGCAGCGCGGUCGUACACACGAGCGGAAGGAUGACAAUCUACGUUGUCGAUUGCGGGUUAACGAUCAAGGAUCGAGAAGGCAUCCGCGUGUCUGCACCUCAGACACCAAAUGUAACAAUCAUGUUCAUCGAUUUACCGAACCGUGCGUUCGCAGCCGGCGGAAAUUCGACCUGGGCGAAGAUAGACAUGAUCUCUCUCCUACCCGUUGAGCGCGUCCUGUACCUCGAUGCCGACGUACUCGUUCGAGGAGACUUGAAGCGCCUGUGGGAUGUGAAUCUGGGGGGAAACGCCUUGGGAGCUGUCGUAGAUCUGGGUUUUCCGAUGGGCCACAGUGAUAUACAGCGGGCUGAGUACUUCAACGCUGGGGUCCUGUUGAUGGACUUGACCAAGAUCAGAGCCAACAUCGCCGACCUGAAGGAGCUUGCUGGAGUAAUGAAAGAGUCCAGGUUUCGAGAUCAGGACGUGUUGAACAUCCACUUCCGUGGAGACUGGCUUCCGCUGGAGCUGAAGUGGAAUGCGCAGGGAUUGGGAACCUACGCCGAGCUUCCUUCGGCGGACCGUGACACACUCGACUUGUCGGAUCUGCAGUGUCCGUCCAUCGUGCAUUUCACGGGCCCCGUUCACCCAGGAAUAAAACACAUUCUGAAUCCCUACUUACAACCAUACACGGCCAAACCUUGGGGUUAUGCUGGAGCGCCUGGACAUCCAUUCCAAGGAGAGUGGUGGCAAGUCGUAGAGCAGACGGCGUGGAAGGGCUGGAGGUCGACGAAAUUUUUUCGCGAGACCUGCAUCGGAGCUAAGGAAAAGGCAACACAGGAUGCGUUGGAACAGUUCGAGGAUAUCGUCAAGCGCGAAACACCCAUGGAGUAA